AUGUCUCAUUCCAACCAACAGCUUGAUGCCCGCGCCCAGUCCCUUCAUGCCGUCAAUUUUACCUUGCCUGAACUCUGGCAACACGCUCCAGAACUUUAUUUUCUCCGCACUGAAUCAGCCUUUUAUUCUGCCUACGUUACCAAGGAGCUGGCAAAACACCACAAACUUGUGGAGGUCCUCCCCGCUAGUGAUAUCUCUCAGGUUCAGUCCUUGCUAUCUAGUCCUCCUGCAGAUGCUCCCUAUUCCACGCUAAAGACAGAAAUUAUUCGACUUAGUUCUGUGUCCGACCGACAGAGGUAUCACCAGUUACUUAAGGAGGAGUCACUGGGUGACCGGAAGCCCUCAGAACUUCUACGUCGAAUGCGUUCUCCCCUCGGAGACAUGCAGGUUGACGAUAAAUUUUUAAAAAAGAUGCUUCUAGAGCGUCUGCCUGGAGAUGUUAAGACGAUUCUGGCGUCCGGUUCUCAAGAUCUCACGGUCUCACAACUGGCUUAG